AUGCCGACCCGCGACAAGAAGCCGCCAGCGUUCAAGCUGUUGAUGGUCCAGCUUAAGAACAUCCAGACAUCUUUGGACGACAUCUGGAGAUUCGUGGACGGUUACCCGUCGACAACUACAGCAAGUCAGGUCAACGUUCGCUUGAAUAGGAUCGAUGAGUUGUGGGAAAGGUAUGGAGAGAUUCUAAUCGAUGUUCAAGCUCAUGAUGACUUUGAGGAUGAGGAUCAGGAGUUCGAUAAGGCUAGGGCCAAGGAACUGCAGGAUCCGGAGGAAGUUGAACAAUCCAUACGAGCAAAUGAGUCGUUGACACACGGCCAUGGUACCCUUGAUCAUGUGCGUUUGCCUCAAAUUAAGCUACAAGUUUUCAACGGGGACAUCGAUGAGUGGAUCAGCUUCCGUGAUCUGUUCACUUCACUUAUACAUCGGAAGACGGACUUGCCCGAAGUGGAAAAGUUCCACUAUCUCAAGGGAUGCCUGCAGGGAGAACCAAAGAGCCUGAUUGAUUCAUUGAAGAUUACGAAGAACAACUACCAAAUUGCGUGGGAUAUGCUGUUGAAGCGUUAUGACAACAGCAAGCAAUUGAAAAAGCGACAGGUACAAGCUUUAUUCAAUUUGCCAACAUUAUCCAAGGAAUCGGUAAGGGAUUUGCAUACUCUGACUGAUGGUUUCGAGAGAGUGGUGCAGAAUUUGGACCAGGUGAUCAAGCCUGAGGAUUACAAGGACCUGUUGCUCGUAAAUCUGCUCACAAACCGGCUGGAUCCAGUAACGCGCCGAGGUUGGGAGGAACAUUCCUCGACCAAGGAUCAAGACACGUUAGAAGAUCUCUCGGAUUUCUUACAUCGUAGGAUCCGGAUUCUGGAGUCAUUACCAACGAAGGCUUCGGAUUCCAAGACUUCUUAUCAAGUACAACAACCGUUGAGACAGAAAUCGUCUGUUGUGAAGGCCAGCUACGGUUCUGUGCAAUCGUCUGGGGGACGAUGUGCGGUAUGCAAGGAGAACCAUCCACUCUACCAGUGUUCAUCCUUCCAACGGUUGUCGGUGCGAGAAAGAGAUGCAGUGCUGAGGGCGAACUCUCUAUGCAGGAACUGCUUCAGAUCGGGCCAUCUGGCAAAGGAUUGUCCGUCAAAAUACUUCUGUCGUAGUUGCAAGGGUCGUCAUCAUACAUUGGUAUGCUUCAAACCGCAGAAGGAUGGGUUGGCGAAGGUCGCUGCUGUUGCUGGAAACAACAAUCCUCCUACUCAAAUGGAAUCUGGUGAACCAUCCACUUCUACAUCCUCCCAGGUGGUCAACAUGGCAGCCACCGAAAUAACAGUCUCUGGGUCCACUCAACAGUUCUCCUCCAAGGUUUUGCUGGCUACUGCGGUCGUUAUCGUGGAAGAUGAUGAGGGUAGUCAGUUCCCGGUUCGUGCUCUAUUGGAUUCCGGCUCCGAGAGUAAUUUCAUCGCUGAACGGUUGAGUCAACGGCUCAGGACACAUCGAGAGAAAGUAGAUAUUUCUGUGCACGGUAUUGGUCACGCGGCUACAAAGGUUAAGUACCAGAUUACCGCGAUGGUUCGUUCGCGAGCUACGGCUUUCUCGCAGAACAUGAAUUUCCUCGUGCUCCCAAAGGUUACGGUAAAUAUACCUACGGCGAAGGUGAAUACACAAGGCUGGACGGUGCCUAACGGGAUCAUCCUGGCGGAUCCCACUUUUUUCAAUCCAAGCUCAGCGGACAUGGUGUUGGGCAUCGAAUCCUUUUUUGAUUUCUUCGAAACUGGUCGAAGAAUUCCCCUCGGAGAUCAAUUGCCGACACUUAACGAAUCAGUGUUCGGUUGGGUGGUCUGCGGAGGUCUGACAAAUCCAAGUCAAGGCUUAAGCAUCAAUUGUAGUACGGCAACUACACAAGGAUUAGAGGAGCUAGUCGCACGGUUUUGGGUUAGUGAAGAGAUUGGCAGUUCCAAGGUUCUUUCGUUGGAGGAAAGUAAAUGUGAGGACAUUUUCCGGAAGUCGGUUCGCAGGGAAUCCGACGGUCGAUACUCCGUUUCGUUGUCGAAAGAUGAAGACGCAAUUUCCAGGUUGGGCGAGUCACGGGACAUCGCAUUCCGGCGGCUUCAAGGCACAGAACGUAGAUUGGCGAGGGAUGUUGGUCUGCGAGAACAGUACCAUCAGUUCAUGGAGGAAUAA